AUGCGCAAGACUCUGCUGCUCUGCUUCAUCCACGGCUUCAAGGGGGGUGACGACACCUUUGGCGAAAAGUCCGAGUUCUCGCAGCACCUCGCGGCCAUCCUCAGCGUCGAGCUGCCCCGCGUCGACGUCCGCGCCAUCACCUACCCGAAAUAUGAGACCCGCGGCGACCUGCACGAGUGCGUCGCGCGCUUCCGCGACUGGCUGCUCGAAAAGGUGAUUGACAUCGAGGUCGCCCAGGGCACGCCCUCGCCCACGGUCGAUCCGGGCGUCCACGUCAUCCUCGUCGGGCACUCGAUGGGGGGCAUCGUCGCGGCCGAGACGGCGCUCGCGAUCUCGUCCGAGACGCCGAUCAAGGAGCCCACCGGCGGCGGGGGUGCUAGCGAUGAUGAUGGCGAUGAGGCUUCAAAGGCAAACCUGAACAGCCUGAUGUUCCCAUACAUCCAGGGCGUCCUGGCAUUCGACACACCAUACCUGGGAAUCUCGCCCGGCGUGGUCGCCCACGGCGCCGAGGGCCACUACAACAACGCGGCAGCAGCAUGGUCGCAGCUCAGCGGCCUGGGGGGUGCGCUAUGGGGCGCGGGCACCGCAAAGACGGCCGCCGACUCGAUGCCGACCAAGCCCUCGGCGGGCGCGCUGCCAGCGCCGCCCAAAGACAACAGCAACAGCAAUAACAACAAAGGUGGCUGGGGCGCCGGCUGGGGCAAGAUGGCCAUGUACGCGGGUGCGGCUGGAGCCCUCGCGGCCGGCGGCGCGGCGGCGUACGUGAACCGCGACACCAUCACGGACGGCUGGUCGUGGGUCGGGUCGCACCUCGAGUUUGUCGGGUGCCUCGCGCGCGGGGAGGAGCUCAAGCGGCGGGUCGCCGGGAUGUCGCGGCUCGGGGACGAGCUGGGCAUCGGGUUCGCCAACCUGUACACGCGGCUGGGCAAGGCCGCGAGCGCGAAGCAGGUCAGCAUGGUGGGCACGGUGAUGGGGGGCGACCGCACGUUCUGCAACCUGCCGAAGAAGACGAAAGGCGCGGGGGUCUGGAUGGAGGCUGUGAAUGACCUGGCCAAGGACGAGACCGGGGCGCACAUGGCCAUGUUCGAACCCCACGCCAACCCGGGGUACAUUAAGCUCUCUGAUGACGCCAGGAACCUGAUUGCCAAGUGGACGCGCACGGAAUGGUAUGAGACGAGCAUGCUCGAGCUGGAAGCCGCUGACGACGGGCCGGGAGCCGGCCAAGCGCAAGCAGUAGCUUAG